CAAUGCGGUGAGUACGAUAAUCUGGUGUUGGUGCUCGACUGCUCAUCCACGGUGCACGGGCAGGCAGGGCAGGGUGCACGAUGGCCGGGAUGCUCGUCAGGGGCAGGCUACUCAAACUCUCCUCCUCCGUGCUCAGGUUCAGGCCCAAGACUACCUACGUGGUGCUACUGCCAGAAAACAUCUUGGACACUGAGGAGGACAAUGCUCUGCUGCGGACAGAUGGGCUGCCUCAGUUUGACCAACUCACGCCUGAGAAAUGUGUGAAGGGGAUGGGCAAGCUGGCCCUGGAUUAUGAGUCUGGAGUCUGGGCUGUGGAGGAGAGAGCCAGAGAUCCCAAGGAACCCAAGACAUUUGACAGCAUCAUUGGGGAGUUAGACAAGCUUGAGUCCCCACUCAACACAGCCUGGAGCACGGUGAAGACCCUCUACACUGUCAAGAACAAUGAGAUGAACACCAACACCUACCUCAAGAUCCAUGAACGAGCAAGGAAGGCCCGGGUGCACAAAUUUCAGAGCCAACAUAUUUAUGAAGCUUGCAAGAAUAUCUAUGCCUCAGAUGACUUGGACGAAGCCCAAAGGAGAGUUGUGCAUAAAUAUCUUCUAGAAUCAAGAUUAAAUGGGAUUGAACUUUCUUCUGAUAAAUCCAAUAGUUUUACUUCAAAGCUUAAAAAAAUGGAGAUUGAGAAGGAUACCUUUCGUCGAAAAGUUGCUGAAUCAACCAGCAGAUUUUCGUAUUAUCUCAAUGACUCCAAUUUGGUCAGAGAUUUCCCGGAUACUUUACUAAAGCACAUGGCUGUUGACCAGUCUAGAUACAAGCAAGGCCCGUGGGUGAUAACUUUGCAGCCCAACGUGUACCACAGCUUCCUGGAGCACUGCCCCAGCACAGAACUGCGACGCAACACUUACCGCGCCUUCAACAUGAGGGCCUCCAACCACAUAGGCCAAGAACUGAGCAACAACCCUCACAUUGAUGAGAUAAGGGGCCUCAGAGGACAACAGGCCAGGAUGCUUGGCUACAAGGACUUUGCCCACAUGUCUAUGGAGACCAAAAUGGCAGGAAGUGUGGACAAUGUAUUGUCAAUGAUUACCUCAUUAUUAGCACAAGCAAAAACAGCUCAGGAUAAGGAGAUGACUUCACUGCAAGAAUUUGCUGAGAGCAGAGGUUUUGAUCUUCAAUUGCAGGCCUGGGACAUAGCCUACUGGAGGAGGAAACAGAAGCGUCACCUCUUCAACUUUGAUGAGACGCAGCUCCGUGACUACUUUCCUUUUGAGCAUGUCUUCGUCACCCUCCUUGAGAUAUGCUCAGAGCUCUUUGGCAUCUCCUUUGAGGAAAUCCCUGACCAAGUCCCAACGUGGCACCCAGAUGUACGAUUCUUCAAUAUCUUUGAUGCGUCAGGGGAUUACCUCGCCUCAUUCUACAUGGAUCCUUUCCAGAGGCCAGGGGAAAAGUUACAGACUAGGGCAGACUCGUCAUGGAGCCUCAGCAUAAGGUGCCGCUCAGACAUUGCCAAGAUGCUUCCCGUCACCAAUUUAGUCUUUAAUUUUACUCCUCCUGCAUCAGAGGACCAGCCAGCUCUGCUUAGCUUCUCAGAAGUCACUGUCCUCUUCCAGAAGUUUGGCAGUGCUAUGCAGCAUCUCCUCACCACUGUUCCUUACACAGAGGCCUCUGGGCUGACUAAUAUUGAAUGGGAUGCUGUUGAGGUGUGUUCUAACUUUAUGCAAAAUUGGUUACUUGAGCCAGCCAUCUUACAGCGCAUCAGCCGUCACUAUGAGUCUGGCCUGCCCUUGAGUGGCUCCAGCAUCAAGGAGCUGCUGGCCAGCCAAGUCCACAUGGCUGGCUAUGACCUCUGCUCAGAGCUCUACUGGGCUCACCUAGAUAUGGAGCUUCACACAAGGAAAGACUUCUGGGUUGACAUUGCCCGGGAGCUUUGGCCUUGCUACAGACCCUUCAUGCUAGAUAAAUACGAUGCACAUCUCUGCUCUAACAUGGCCAUCAUGACAGACGUUUGGGCAGCUGCUUACUACUCUCACCUCUGGUCUCGCAUGGUAGCUGCCGAUGCGUUUCAGGCCUUCAGGGAACCCCAUGAGGCAGACUCUGAGCUGGGUGCCAGGUUUCGCUCAACAUUCCUGUCCCUGGGUGGAGGGUGUCAUCCCAGUGAAGUGUUCCGCAGCUUUAGGGGUCGGGAUCCCUCCCCCGAUGCACUUCAUGUCCUCUGUAACUUCACACAGCAGAGCACCUGAGCCAUACCCUUGAGUGUCUUAGACUGAGUUAUAUAUUACAGACUUUAAAGCUGAGAAGAGUUUAGUAAGUUAUUCUUGUUUUGUUGUGUAUGUCACUGAUAUUUUUCUACAGAUAAUGUAUGUAUGUAGGUAUUUUUUUUGUGUGUGAAGUAAAGUUGAAUGUAUUUCUUCUCUUCACAUGCACUGAAAUUAGAGGUUGUUAUGUUGUUCUUUUAAUCUCAAGGUAUGAACUGAGCAGUGUCACUGAUAGAUGCCAUAAAUAUUCUUUUGUGCCUCCGUGACCAUUAUUUGUGCACUGGAAGCAGCUGUAUGCGCUGAUAUGCUACAGGAGGUUGAUAGAUGCCAUAAUUAUUCUUUGGUGCCUCCAUGCCCACCACUUGUGGUAUGCAAGCAGCUGUAUGUGCUGAUAUGCUAGGAGGUUAAGGAGUGGAGGGUCAUGUGAUUUAAAAAGUUUCUUUGUCUUCAGUAGUCAGAUUUACUACCUGGUGCAGCUGUGCAGUUUUAUGAGCUCCCAGUCUUAUAAUUUAUAGAUGUAUUUUCAGCUGAAUUUUAUAAAGUUUUCUGCUAAAAUUAAAGUAUAUAUGAGGGUAGCUUCUUAUCUCAGGAAACAUUAAAAUUUCCAACUAAUUUGCAAGACCUUUGGUACAAUAUUUUGCCUUAAUAUUCUUUACAGAAUACAUCAGUCGAGUAGCUCAUUAUCUUUGGAGCAUUUCUUGAAAAAAAUUGAAAACUGCAGGACCCAUUUUGUCAGGAAGACAUAAGGUUUAGUUUCUUGAACAUGCAACAACACUUGGGGCUACUUAACAAUGUUUGCAGCAGUGAGCAGUAAGAACAUCUCCAGAGGUUUAGAAUCAGUGAAAGUAACACCCAGUUUUAAAAACAUAAAAUAAAUCUCCAAAAAGUUUUAUAACUGAGAGAUCUAUAAACAUAUGGUGUUGGUCAUGGUUAACCAUCUAUGGCAGAUUAUUGGUAAGUUUGAGAAUUUGCCCAGUGACUAAUUGCUAAGGGCUAUAAUGAGGGAACUGGUACUACUGUCUAAUGGACAUGAACAAAAAUGUUAUGUUAUAUACAGCCUAGUGGGUAGGGCACAGGGCCCUGAUGGAGAUAAUUUUUCUGGAGAACACAGCUGUAGUCAUACAAAUUUCUGUCCUAAGAUAGAAACAAACUGUGAUUCUUGAAGUGAUUAAAGUAUGUUUGUUAAUUUGUACACCCCAUACCGAUGAGUAGCCUACUUAUAUCAGGAGAGAACAAUCUUAAAAAUUUGACUUGGGUGUGGAAGAAAAUUGUCUCCAUGAUAUACGUAGAUUGAUAAACAUCAUGUUGGCAAGAUUUCAUAUUUAUGCCUCAUCGAACAUUUUCAAUGUAGUUUUUCCCUGAAGUGAGUACUAAUUGGAAUGGUGCAUACAAAUUGGCUAACUUACCCAAUGGGAACUAGCAUGGGUUACUCGAGCAGUUCACAUCACUGUUGAAUAGUAGCCAGUGCAAUCAUGUAAAUAUGAAAGUAGUCCUAUCCGUGUAAAUAAACUGUACAUGUGAAUUAUGUCAGAUUUU